AACCCAUAGUCAGUAGUACUCAUGUAAUAUUUGUCCGGGUGAAAGAAGCGGGAACCCUCGUCCCCGCAGUCAGGAGUACUGAGACUGACUGUCCAUGGCGUGGUACGAUGGAAUGAAGGAGCCACGUCUCGUGAUCUGUCCCGUGAAAGCCACACAAGAUGUAAAUCAAAAUGAAAAUAGAAGCGGCGAAGGAUGCAUUUUGUCUUUGAUUCAUCCAAAAUCAGGAAAUCCAACAUCUUAUAUGUUAAAGGAUGGGCUUCUUCAAGAAUUUCACUGGUUUAAGCAAUGUUAUGGUUCUUGGUUCCUAGGUGAUUAUGCAUGUGAAGAUGGAAGCUUAUACUUCAGCACUCCUGUUGAUCCUAUUUUCAUCUUUUUGCCAAUUUUCAGCAAUGCGCGAUUAAAGAAGGGAAAGGAACAAGGAAUGUUUAGGCAAAUUGAUGAAAUUUUAUUUAAUAAUGACUAUCCAAGCUACCAGUGCCUGGUGUCACUUGCAGAACAAUCUAUGCAGUUGGUUUGCGAGGUUAAAGAAAUCGGUUCAUCAAAGUUUUUCAGGCUGGAUGAUUCAAAGGUUUUAUGUUGGCUGUGCUGUAAGGUUGAUCACUUAAAAGCAGCAUUAAUAAAGUUGGACAAAAAUUAUGCUGCUCAAGAAGAGAAGGAGACCUCGAAGGAAGCCGUCUCCAUAUUGGGUGAAUAUUUAGAGGAUGAUCCCUGGUUGAAACUCCUCUGCAGCCGCUUGAAGUUAGAUAUAAAUGAGAAGAUGAAAGAAGCACAUAGAAUCGAAGAUGACUUAAUUUUCUUGGAGAAAUCACCAACGCCAUCACAUCCACAAAAGGGAAAAGGAAGUGGUGGGACGGCAAAGACUACGAAUGAGAAACCAUCAAAGAAACUAAAAGUGGAAACUGAUUCUCGCAAUAUCAAAGACAUGUUCCGGAAAGUCUCCAGAAGAGCUGCCUGAGCUAAACAAUGGGUGGAAGAAAUAUGAGGUUAUUCAGAUAUUCAUACCAUUUGGCUGUAUUAUUGCUGUUAAAUUUACUAUUUUUUUCCUAUUGCUCUUUUGCUGGUAUGAACUGUAGUGUUAAUUUCUGUUUUUGGAUCGUUA